GAAAAUUUCUUGCAAGGCAUAGCUUAAACUGCAAUUUUCUUAUGAAUUUUAACUAUAAAUGCUAUUUUUUUAUUUCAACAAUUUUAGAUUAUCGUAGUGAUAAUUUAUUUUUCCCAAAACAAUUGUAAGAUUGACGGGUUUUUCUAAACUGGGAGCGUACAAAAGUUUGCACUUUCAAACUAUUCCGAUUUUUUCUGUGUUUCCAAAGAAACUAUCCAAAUAUAAUUAGAGUUUGAAAGUGUAUAAGCAGCUCUUUAUUUGAGUUAAAAAUUCAAAACUUUUUUUAAUUGAUAAGAAUUUAAUCAAGUUUAUUAUGUGCAUAAUCCAUAUUUUAGCAUUUAAAAAUGUAACACUUAGCACCAUUCUCAAAUUCUUUCUGCAUUGUAUUUAAUAAUAUGUAUAUUAUUUUAAUUAAUAGUCUAUGCCCUUGAUGCUAAAUUCCGUUUUGAUGAUAAUGCUGAGUUUAGACAAAAAAAGCUAUUUGCUCUUAGGGAUUGGACACAAGAAGAUCCGAAAGAAGUUGAAGCUGCGAAAUAUGAUUUGAAUUAUAUUACUUUGGAUGGUACAAUUGGAUGCAUGGUUAAUGGUGCAGGAUUGGCCAUGGCUACAAUGGAUAUAAUUAAAUUACAUGGAGGUGAUGCGGCUAAUUUUUUAGAUGUUGGUGGUGGGGCCACUGCUUCUGCUGUUAAAGAAGCAUUCAAAAUUAUUACUGCUGAUCCAAAAGUGUAUGUUAUUUUAGUUAAUAUCUUUGGUGGAAUUAUGCGUUGUGAUGUUAUUGCAGAAGGUAUUAUUGCAGCUGCAAAAGAUUUGGACCUAAGAAUGCCAAUCGUUUGUAGAUUACAAGGAACAAAAGUGAAUGAAGCAAGAGAAUUGAUUAAAAAAUCAAAUAUGAAAAUUUUACCUCGUGACGAUUUAAGUGAGGCUGCUAACUUAGCAGUUCGUUUAGCAGAAAUUGUAGAAUUGGCACGUGACGUUAAUAUAGAUGUCAACUUUGAGAUUCCAGAACUUUAAAU